AUGGCCAAGGCUAUUGCUUGCAGUAUGGCAUUGCUGCACUUAUACACAGCUGCAGCUGCUCUUGGCGCAAGCGCCCUCCUGCCGUAUCAAAGCAGUCACCAGCUGCUAGCCAGUAACGACGAUCAACAAGCUGUUCUCAACACCCCGCUAGACAUUCCGAAGCCUCCAAAGCCCGAAAGAUUUGAAAUCUUCGAACUACCUUUACCUCCAGUUUCUCCAAGCCAAGACCCUGGCGCAUGUCCGAAUCAGACCGGGUGCAUCGCGAGAGGACUCACCGAAAAGUUUCAGGUUGGCGACUUCACUCCGGACGGCCGAAACGUCAUCGUCACGGUGACCUUCGUUGGAGCUCCCACGGCUCCCGACCCGGCGAGCAUCUACGAUGGAGUCCAGCUAAUCCUCAUCAAAGCUGAUAGCUCAAACUUCAGCAAUGGCGACGCGUGGAAGUGCCUAACUUGUGGGGUACCGGCUGAGAACGCAAGAGAACUGGACCCACAACGAGACUAUCCCCAUGUCUUCAGAAGCGGCGACAAAGCAAUUUGGGGCCACAACAUCCUCGACUGCAACGGGGAGCAGUUGGCUAGCGAUGAAUGCACGCCUGACAAUAUCCACAUCUACCCGAUUCAUUGGUCGGGUGGCAGUCCGCGUGAGCUGCGUGUGCACCCCGAUGAUGUUCAUAUUGGCUGGAGUUCGUUUACCAACGACGCUGGGCAGUAUUCCUACUUCGGGCGUCUGGAGUUUAAUGCGAGACCCUCAGGGUCGGGCCCUGGUGCGCCUCGCUAUGACCUGGUUGAUGUCGACCUGCUCGUGGAUCCAAAGCGCGGAGCUUUCAUAACGGCUGAUGGCGAGGAGUUGAAGCUUCACCCCGAUUCAAUCACAAUUGGCGAACUGCGGGGUUUCAGUGGUUCCGGCGACGAGAUACUCUACAUUGGUGCGCCGACCGAGUCGACAAAUAUCGAUCUGUAUUCGGUUCACAUCGAGACUGGGGUUGUUCGCCGUCUGACCAGUCACCCUGAUUACGCCGAUCCUAUUGCUUUCUCUGCCGAUGACGAGUGGUUCGUCACUCAGGAUACGCGUGCCAGCAAACGCCAAAUGUGGAUGUCCGGUAUGCGAGGUAUUCCGCCUCUCAUCGAUAUCGUUGCCGUUGCUGUAGCCGCAUCUACACGCAACAAUGGCCCACGUCGCUUUUUCCAGCCAAUCCUGAUAGAUCGUUAUGGGGAUCGUGAGUCCUACUACGGGCAGCAGGUCAACGGGGAGGGUGAUGGUAGCGAAGGAGGCUUUGACGAUCCGAACUGGAACGGCCGAGCGGACCCAGCUUUCUCUUUGGACAGUACGCGCAUUGUGUACUGGCAGGCCAUCGUCACAUCGCCAGCAUGUGGUGGCAGUAAUCCGCUACAGUGUCCAGUGUCCACUGCCCAAGGUGGGCGUGAGUAUCGUGUCAUGCUCGCUCGAAUGGCCGAUCGCAAGCCUACGCGUCCAGCCACAGUUUACAAGGUGCCUAGUCGCAUACCGUGGGCGACGCCGUUCCUAUCAGGAGCCAAAAUCCCUUCGCAGCUUACACUAAAGCCAGGCAACUACACACUCCAUGGCAAGAUCUCUGGGUUUGCGAAAGUGAAGCUCAUCGGAGACAUGGCACCUUCACAAGCAGACUUCAUCAAGCGUGUCGCUGUCAACUAUACCAACUUCUCCAAUGAUUGCGAGCACGUCAUCAACGGCUGGGAAGACGUCGAGUUGACGGUUUCGACUCCGAAUGUGUGGGAUCAGAAGCUUGAUUGGUACUCUGAUAUCUCGCAGACGGGGUCCGCGAUUGGAAGUAAGAAAACUGGUCCGGACGGAUUUCAUUUGAGGAUCGAUGUAAUGGAGAACAUACUCGAAGCAAACGGAACGCUGACCACGACGAUCGACCGAGUGGAGUAUCACCAACCGGCCAACGGUACCUAG